AAGGUAGCGGCGGACGUUCGAUUGAAGAGACCUGGAAGAAAACAUUCAUGAGGAGCUCAACCUGGACUGAAAAACUGUUGCUCAGAAAGUGGAUUGGUAGUAUCUGAAGAUGUCAGACUCAGACAGUGAUGAGGAUCAUGAACAACCAUUCUCUCUCACUGGCUUUCUGUUUGGGAACAUUAAUGAGGAUGGACAGUUGGAGGAUGAUAGUGUCCUUGACAAGGAAUCAAAAAAGCAUCUGGAUGGUUUGGGAACAUUGGGUCUUGGGACUCUUAUCAAAGAAAUCACAGCCAGUGAGGAUGAUGCAGUGGAGUCUGAUGAAAGGGGUAGCAAUGCAGAGGGUUGGAUUCAGAGUAAAGAUGAUGCCAUUGAUUACUCCGAUAUCAAUGAGGUAGCAGAGGAUGAGACCCGCAGGUAUCGUCAGGUGAUGGGAAAUCUUCAGCCACUAAGGAGACUGGAAGACAAUGAUGAUGAUGACUAUGAUGCAGACAGUGAAGAUAUGGACUCAAAGCUCAUGCCUCCCCCUCCACCACCACCUCCACUGAAUAAGGAGGAGUCAAAUUCACAGGAAAUAAUUGCAAAUGGAGUAAAUGCAGCAGUGCUGAGUACUCCUGGAGGAUCGCGUACUGCUGAUGCCCUUUUCCCUUGUUCUGUCUCAAAUGAGAAUGAUGGGAUCAUUUUACCUUCCAUAAUCGCUCCUUCAUCUUCCUCAGAGAAGGUUGAAUUUAGCAGUUCCUCUGAUUCAGAAUCUGAGACAGAUCGGCACGUUCCACGAUCAAGGCAGAAUGAAUCUCAGAAGGAAGAUAAACUCACAUUGCCGCUGGCAGGUAUUAUGCAACGGGAUUCGACGAAGCAACUACCGAAUGUUACAGAACUCUUCCCAGAAUUUCGACCAGGACAGGUGUUACGUUUUUUGCGUCUCUUUGGACCUGGAAAGAACAUUCCAUCGGUUUGGCGAAGUGCAAGAAGGAAAAGAAAAAAGAAACAUCGGGAACCUCAACCUGAAGCUUCUGUACAAGAAGGGGAGGGAGAUGAAACAAAAGAACAAAAAUCUGGCUGGGACUAUCAUUAUGCUGCGCCACCACCACCUGAACAAUGUCUCUCUGAUGAUGAGAUUACAAUGAUGGCUCCUGUGGAGUCCAAGUUCUCUCAAUCCACGGGUGAUGCUGAUAAUAUAACGGACAUGAGACCAAAAGUUGCAGAAUGGCGCUAUGGACCUGCACAACUUUGGUAUGAUAUGCUGGGAGUGCCAGAGGAUGGCGAGGGAUUUGAUUAUGGUUUCAAACUGAAGGCAACAAGGGAGGAAGAGCAGAUGCUAGAGGAAGAAGUUACUUGCAUGGUGGAGGUCCAGGAACCUUCUGAAGAAACUGAGAAAUCAACUGAUGAAAAGGAAUUGCGUAGCGAAAUGGAGGCUCUUCUAGAUGAGCAUUUCCUCAUGGUCACUCAGCUGCCCUGGGAGGAGGACAUUAUUUGGAAUGGAGAAGAUGUCAAACAUAAGACUACAAAAUCCCAGCGAGCGAGCUUAGCAGGGUGGCUGCCAUCCAGUAUGACUCGAAAUGCCACAGCUUACAAUGCACAACAAGGGCUAAACCGUGGCAUCUCUUGGUUGUCGAAUCCUUUGCCUCCCACACCAGUUCAGAAAACAACAAUGCCUGGUCCUCCAAUCCCAGCAAAAGGGAAGGAUAAACAUGUGCCAGAGCAGCACGUUUCCCAAGAAGAUGAUAAAACUUGGUAUUCCAUCUUCCCUAUUGAUAAUGAAGAAUUGGUGUAUGGAAGAUGGGAAGAUAAUAUCAUCUGGGAUGAUCAAGCCAUGGAUAAAAUUUUGGAACCACCUGUGUUGACACUUGACCCGAAUGAUGAAAACAUAAUUCUUGAAAUUCCUGAUGAGAAAGAAGAGAUGACAUCUAACUCUCCUUCUAAAGAGAAUAAAAAAGAAUCAUCAGCUCGUAAGAGUCGCAUCCUUUUAGGAAAGACUGGUGUCAUUAAGGAUGAGCCACAGCAGAACAUGUCACAGCCGGAAGUAAAAGACCCCUGGAACCUUUCAAAUGAUGAGUUUUACUAUCCCAAACAGCAAGGACUGCGAGGGACAUUUGGAGGCAACAUCAUCCAACAUUCCAUUCCUGCUGUGGAGCUUCGACAGCCAUUCUUUCCAACUCAUAUGGGACCAAUGAAACUCAGGCAAUUCCACCGACCAACACUGAAGAAAUAUUCUUUUGGUGCAUUGUCACAGCCAGGACCUCAUUCUGUGUACCCACUACUGAAACAUAUCAAGAAAAAAGCCAAGAUGCGUGAACAGGAACGUCAAGCAUCUGGUGGUGGAGAAAUGUUCUUUAUGCGAACUCCUCAGGAUCUGACAGGUAAAGAUGGUGACCUUAUUCUCGCUGAAUACAGUGAAGAAUAUCCACCGCUUAUGAUGCAAGUUGGCAUGGCAACAAAAAUCAAAAACUAUUACAAGAGGAAACCAGGCAAGGAUCCCGGUGCACCAGACUGUAAAUAUGGUGAGACUGUUUAUUGCCACACAUCGCCAUUCCUUGGAUCCUUACAUCCAGGACAGUUAUUGCAGGCAUUUGAAAACAACCUCUUUCGCUGUCCAAUAUAUCUACAUAAGAUGCCAGAAACCGAUUUUCUGAUCAUUCGAACUCGUCAAGGAUACCAUAUCAGAGAACUGGUUGAUAUUUUUGUUGUAGGCCAGCAAUGUCCACUCUAUGAAGUUCCUGGUCCAAACUCAAAGCGUGCUAACACGCAUGUACGAGACUUUCUUCAGGUAUUUAUUUAUCGCCUUUUCUGGAAAAGUAAGGAUCGUCCACGCAGAAUUCGCAUGGAAGACAUAAAGAAAGCAUUUCCUUCCCACUCUGAGAGCAGCAUAAGAAAGCGAUUAAAACUGUGUGCAGAUUUCAAACGAACAGGAAUGGACUCAAACUGGUGGGUGCUAAAACCAGACUUCAGAUUGCCCACAGAGGAAGAGAUUCGAGCCAUGGUCUCUCCAGAGCAGUGCUGUGCAUACUACAGUAUGUUAGCAGCAGAGCAGCGUUUAAAGGAUGCUGGCUAUGGUGAAAAGUCAUUCUUUGCACCAGAGGAGGAGAAUGAAGAAGAAUUUCAGAUGAAAAUUGAUGAUGAGGUCAGAACAGCGCCCUGGAAUACCACACGAGCAUUCAUUGCAGCAAUGAAAGGCAAAUGUCUACUGGAGGUUACUGGGGUUGCUGAUCCUACUGGCUGUGGUGAAGGGUUUUCCUAUGUCAAGGUUCCCAACAAACCACAGCAACAAAAGGAUGACAACCAGCCACAACCUGUGAAGAAGACAGUGACAGGAACAGAUGCUGAUCUGCGGCGCCUGUCUCUGAAAAAUGCCAAACAGCUCCUUCGGAAGUUUGGAGUACCAGAAGAAGAGAUUAAAAAGCUAUCUCGAUGGGAAGUUAUUGAUGUUGUGCGUACAAUGUCAACAGAACAGGCCCGGUCUGGAGAUACUCCCAUGAGUAAAUUUGCUCGUGGGUCCCGUUUUUCAGUUGCUGAGCAUCAGGAGCGAUACAAGGAAGAGUGUCAGCGAAUCUUUGACCUUCAGAACAAGGUCCUGUCUUCAACGGAGGUUCUCUCUACAGACACAGACAGCAGUUCUGCGGAAGACAGCGAUUUUGAGGAAAUGGGAAAAAAUAUUGAAAAUAUGUUACAGAAUAAGAAAACAAGCUCGCAACUUUCACGUGAGCGUGAGGAGCAGGAGCGUAAAGAACUGCAGAGGAUGUUGAUGGGAGAGGAAAUUGGGAAUGAUAAGGACCGUGAUAAAAAGGAGAAGAAAGACAGGAAAGGUUCAUCUUGCAGCACUCCUACCCCUGGAGUGUUUCACAAAGAUGAUGACACUGCCUCUGUUACCAGUCUUAACUCAUCAGCAACAGGGCGGCGUCUGAAGAUUUAUCGCACAUUCCGAGAUGAAGAUGGAAAGGAGUAUGUAAGAUGUGAAACUGUCAGGAAGGCUGCUGUAAUUGAUGCAUAUGUUAGAAUACGGACAACAAAAGAUGAAGAUUUUAUCCGCAAAUUUGCUCUAUUUGAUGAGCAACACCGUGAAGAAAUGCGUAGAGAACGGCGCAGAAUUCAGGAACAACUCCGGCGACUCAAACGGAAUCAGGAGAAGGAAAAAUUGAAAGGACCGCCAGAGAAAAAACCCAAAAAAGUCAAAGAAAGGCCUGACCUGAAGCUAAAAUGUGGUGCCUGUGGUGCCAUUGGCCACAUGAGGACCAAUAAGUUUUGUCCUCUGUAUUACCAAACAAAUGCACCACCAAGUAACCCAGUUGCGAUGACAGAGGAACAGGAAGAGGAGCUUGAAAAAACUGUUAUACCUAAUGAUAAUGAAGAACUUAUUAAAGUGGAAGGAACCAAAAUUGUGUUGGGCAAGCAACUGAUUGAAAGUGCAGAUGAAGUACGAAGGAAAUCUUUGGUCCUCAAAUUUCCUAAACAGCAGCUUCCUCCGAAACGUCGAAGACGAGUUGGAACCACAGUCCAUUGUGAUUACCUAAAUAAACCUCACAAAUCUAUUCAUAGGCGACGGACAGACCCGAUGGUUACCUUGUCAUCCAUAUUGGAAGGAAUCAUCAAUGACAUGCGCGACCUUGUAAAUACCUAUCCAUUCCAUACUCCAGUAAAUGGGAAGGUUGUGAAGGAUUAUUAUAAAAUUAUUACUAAACCAAUGGACUUGCAGACUUUAAGAGAGAAUGUCCGAAAACGGAUGUGUCAUUCACGAGAAGAAUUCCGAGAGCAAGUUGAACUUAUUGUUAAAAACUGUGCCACUUACAAUGGUGCAAAGCAUCCUCUGACUCAAAUUGCUCAAAGUAUGGUGGAACUCUGUGACCAGAAGUUCAAAGAGAAAGAAGACAAAUUGGUCCGCUUGGAGAAAGCCAUUAAUCCUCUUCUGGAUGAUGACGAUCAAGUUGCUUUCUCAUUUAUACUAGAUAACAUUGUCACUCAAAAGAUGAUGGCUGUGCAAGAUUCUUGGCCUUUUCAUCAUCCAGUUAACAAGAAGUUUGUUCCUGAUUAUUACAAAGUAAUCACAAAUCCCAUGGACCUUGAAACUGUGCGGAAGAAUAUUUCUAAACACAAAUAUCAUAAUCGCGAAGUCUUCCUGCAAGAUGUGGAACUUAUUCUCUCCAAUAGCAUCAAGUACAAUGGUACAGAUAGUUUAUACACGAAAACUGCUCAGGAGAUUGUGAAUGUCUGUCAUCAAACUCUGGCUGAGUACGAUGAACACUUGACUCAACUGGAAAAAGAUAUUGCAUCUGCCAAGGAGGCUGCUCUUGAUGCUGCAGAGUUUGACAGUCUUGAUCCCCUGACCCCAGGGCCUCAUUCUCCUCAGCCACCAGAAUUUGAAGAUGGAAACAUGUCAUUUUUUACAUCUCAAGACUUUUCUUUGUUUCAAGAGGAAGGUAGUAUGUCUGCCAGUGCCACACCAACAACAACGCCAGAGAAAAGGCACCUCAGGUUGGCUCAGGGUCAUUGCCGUGAGGGACAUGUAAGAACAGGUGAGGAGGAAUCUGAUGUGGAUGUGGAAGGUUUUGAGGAAGAUGACGAUGGUAAACCGAAGACACCUGCCCCCGCAAGUGACUUUUACCAUGCUCUGCAUGAAGCAACUGAAGGAGAGUGUGAAAUGGAAGAUGAGGAUGAAAUAAAUGUACCACAGCGUCAGGCAAGUGUGUUGUAUGAAGACUUGCUCAUGUCAGACGGAGAGGAUGAAGAUCAUAGUGAGGAAGAAGAAGGAGACAAUCCAUUUUCUUCCAUUCAGCUCAGUGAGAGUGGGAGUGACUCUGAUGUUGAAAUGCCUGCCAUUCGACCAAAAAAACCUCAUCUAAUACCUGAGAGCACACGCAUGGGAAUGGAGAAUGAGGAAAGCAUGAUGUCUUAUGAAGGAGAUGGUGGUGAGACCUCUCAGAUCAUGGAGGACAGUAACGUAAGCUAUGAGAGCUAUGAAGAAACUGAGCUCAAAUCAAAUACUCGUGAUACCACCUUUAGCAGUGGAGGGUGUGACUAUGAGCUGUCUGAGGAAGAAGAAGAUGAGGAACAAAGGCAUGGACCAAGUGUUCUUAAUGAGGUACAACUGAGUGAGGAUGAGGAGGACAGCGAGGAAUUCCACUCCAUUGACGGGGACACUGAUAUAGACUCAGACAUAGAAACCUGAUACAUGGUGAUACAUUACAGAAUGGGAUAUGCAGAUGACCCUAACAAUCUUUUGUGGUUGAAAAGACUAAAGGGAAUGACUUCAGUGUAGAUACGCACCAAGAUGGAGGUACAAGGUGGAAGUAGAUUUCAUUAACUGAUGUAAAACUGUGACAACACAUGAUUUCACAUCUAAGCAAAACAUACAUAUUUUUGCUCAGUUGCCUCAGUACACUUGAGUUAUGUAUAUGGUUAAUAAUGUUGUUGUACAAAAGUAGAGAGUCCGUGCAAAGCCCAAUAACAAAUUGUGCUUCAUACCAAAAUACAUCCUGUACUGAAUCUUUAUAAACUUUGUUCUUGGAAGAUGGACAAAGAUUUUGUGUAAAUCGGAGUUUGACAAUUUGUAAUGUUUUCCGUUUGUAAAGCACAUUCACUGUCAGUGAUGGUGCAUCAUAAACUUUCAUGUUACUGUUUUAAAACAUUACCCUGAACAGAUGCAAAACAAAUAUUAAUUGUAACUUUUGCAGGAAAGAAAAACAUAUUUUUGAAAAGGCAGAGAUCUCAAAUAGAGAUCUUGCUAUUCUUUUUAAUUUUAAUGUCUUGGGAUUUCCACAUAAUCAUAGUUUUUUUUUAAAGUGUUGUAGCAGUUCAGAUAAUAUGGGUUUUACAAAUGAAUUGUCAUAACAUCUUGCUUAACAAUGUGACAACUGUACAAAGCUUUGCCAAAUUUCAGACUGAAUAUUGCUGAACCAGUGGAUGAAUUAAUAUUCACAUCUACUGUGGGAAUGAUGGAUAUUUAUUUACCCAACUUUAUGUCACAUUGAUGAUAUGUUCAGCAUGAAAACUGAAAAAAUGAUGAGAGCAAACCUCCUCCAAGAUUCAAAGUGCCAUUACAUCUUGGAAGAUGUAAAAAUAAAAACCAAAGACCAGAAGUAAUUUCAAGAAAUUAUUGUACACUUUGGAAAUGUAUCACAUAAGUAAUGAAACAUCUUGACUAGUAGUCUGUAUUUGCAUUGGUCUUGGAUAGACAACUCUCUAUCAAGCUUUGAAUCUUGUUAUUUGUCUUCAGAAGAUGUGUCCAUCCUUCUUUCAAAACAUGGCGUUAACUUGAUUUGUUUCUGUAUCAUGAUAGCACCCCAAUAUUUGAUGGGCAAGGACACUAUGGUGUGUACUUGUACCCAUUACCUACUAGGAAGCUCCAUCUUUUGCAAUUUAUGUUUAGCUGAUUUCAAUAUCACGAGGUCUGAAUUCCCAGUCCUAAUCACCAGUGACAUUCACUGGAACCAAGUGUGCAAUGUCUGGUUGAGAACUAGCUUGAAUAUGGUAGUGUACAGUCAAAUAUAUUCCUUGCAGUCUAUGGUCUACUUCCUUGAUCAAACUGCCACUUAGUUGAGGAAUGGAAUACAGGAUACCCAUAAAAUUGUAACAAUUGAUCACGUUUUGGUGAUGGCGAGUAAUUUUUGUAAAAAAAACAAAAUCAUGAUGUUCUUUUGAUCAUUAUGGAUAGAGAAAAGAAUUUAUUUCUUGUUACCUGUUGUGAUCUGUGUGUUGCAAUUUUGUAAUAUCUUAAGUCUGUUGUAAAUGAUCAACUAAAACUGUUUAGAAUGUCAGAACUUUGGAAACCAAAAAUUUGAAUUGCUGGAAAAUUGUUAAUACAUUUACAUAUGUAGUACAAAUUGUUGUAAAUCUCAGGU